GAGAACUCCACCGAUGGAAUACGCCGGAUAAUGGAUUUAGACAUUGGAAUAAGCGACACAGCCCGCGUCUGUGAAUUGUCUUUGGGCUAAAACAGAAAUUUGAUGGGUGUUUCUCAUGUGAAAUUAACAUAGUAGCACUCUCAGUGCGGCGCGCCCUGCGUGCGCUUUUGUUGGUUGUUGGAGAACCGCGCGGUCACAUUUCAGCAGAUACUACCGAGCACAGGAUGGCCGAGAGUCCAGACGAAAUCAGCAGCCACGACGGUCAGAGCCCGGAACAGACUUUUAACCACAGAUCCUCCAUGUGGGUCCGUUUGAACGUCGGCGGCACGUGUUUUCUGACCACCAGACAGACCCUCUGCAGGGACCCCAAAUCAUUCCUGUUCCGACUGUGCCAAACGGACCCAUAUCUGGAUUCAGAUAAGGAUGAAUCUGGGGCAUAUUUGAUUGACAGGGAUCCCAUGUAUUUUGGGCCUGUACUCAAUUACCUGAGACAUGGCAAACUGGUCCUUAACAAGAACCUGACAGAGGAGGGAGCUCUUGAAGAGGCGGAGUUCUACAAUAUUAUAUCAUUAAUUAAACUCAUCAAAGACAAGAUCAGUGAAAGAGAUGCCAAGGCUACACACACACCGGUCAAACAUGUUUACAGGGUGUUGCAGUGUCAAGAAGAGGAGCUUACUCAGAUGGUCUCAACCAUGUCAGACGGUUGGAAGUUUGAGCAGUUAGUCAGCAUCGGCUCCUCAUAUAAUUACGGUAAUGACGAUCAAGCGGAGUUUCUGUGUGUUGUUUCGAAGGAGCUGCACAACCAAUCAUCUUGCGCCAACAUCCAACACAGUGAGAAAGCUAAGAUUCUACAGGAGCGUGGUUCUAGAAUAUGAUCAUCUAGAACACCAAAGUUUUAGGACAUAUCAGCUCUUUAUAGAACAUUCCAUGAGCUUGUCCUCUUCACACCUCGAAAAGCACAUACACUGACAAAAUCGACAUCCGAAGCACGCAAACAACAAAUGAGGAGCAUGUCCACUGAAAAUGUCUAUAUGGUGCCUGUUAAUUUCAAUAAAAACAAGAAUGCUUUGUUUUGAUCUAUACGGAUUCAGAGACCAUUGUAGACUGGUUCUGAUUCUGUCUAGUCAGGAUUUGGAGAACCGGACCAGUGUAAAUCUCAGGGAUCAAAUGGAAUUGCACACUUCAUUCUGAAUCACAAUAUCAGUAGAAUGGACAUUUAUAGUCUACUUGUAACAAUUCUGUUAUAUCCUGAUAGAAAUGUCCAGGGCUAGUUUUAGUCUUUUGGUUUGCAUAUACAAUGAAGAUAUACAAUAUCAAUAGUUAUAUGAUAAUCAGUAAUAAUGUUGUUGCAAUAUCAGGUUUAGCACUCAUUUUAUGCAAGGUUAUAUGAUAAAGAUGUUCUAGAUUUAUUUAAAAAAGAUUGACUGACUCAUGAAACCCCUCCUAAACGCUGUUCUACAGGAUUCUUUUUACUCCUUUUUAAUAUGUAAAUUAUUGCUUUUGCACUACAGCUAUUAUAUAAUUAUUAUUAUGAUUACACUUGUGCACUUGAUCUUAAAGGGAUAGUGCCUUUUGUCUGUCAAACAAGAGAAAAAGCAAGGAUGGGGGAAGCAUUUAAAAAUCAAUGUGGUGGUUUUAGGUUUGUAUGUAGAAUGGACAAUCAUUCUGCCUUUAGUAAAUAAAUGUACUGCACUCAAAAAUAAAAAUGAUGCAUAGAAAAUGUAAUCAUGCAUGG